GUGGGCGGGGCCGGGAGCGGAGCGGGACGGAGGGGGGCGCGGGGGCAGGCCCGGCAGCAUGCUGCAGGUUCCGCUGCCCCUGGACCGUGACGGGAUCCUGCUCCGGCUGCGCUUCACCACGCUGGCCGUGGGCACCAUGUGCUGCCCGCUGUUCGGGUUCCUCUUCUGCGUCACCUGGUCCCUGCUCUUCCACUUCCACGAGACCACGGCCACGCACUGCGGGGUGCCGAACUACCUCCCCUCCAUCAGCGCGGCCAUUGGCGGCGAGACCCCGCAGCGCUACGUCUGGCGCCUCUGCAUCGGGCUGCACUCGGCGCCCCGCUUCCUGGUGGCCGUCGCCUACUGGAACCACUACCAGAGCUGCCACUGCUCCCACCCCCGCUACCCGCGCCUGUGCCACUUCAACCUGCUGCUCAACCUGCUCGAGAACUUCGCCCUGCUCGUGCUGACCUACGUGUCCUCGUCCGAGAACUACGCAAUCCACGAAAAUGCCUUCAUCGUCUUUAUCACGUCGGCUCUGGGCCACAUGCUCCUGACGUGCAUCCUCUGGAGGAUGACUAAGAAACACACAGUAAGUCCCGAGGAGCGCAAGUCGUACAAGUGGAAGCAGCUGCUCUUCUUCUUUACCUUCAUCACCUUCGCGUUUGCCGUGUGUGUCUACUUCCACCACAACUGGUACUGCGGGCCCGGAGUUUACACCAUCUUUGCUUUCCUGGAGUACCUGGUUGUCCUCUCCAACAUGGCCUUCCACAUGACUGCCUUCUGGGACUUCAGCAACAAGGAGCUGGUGGUGAGCUCCAUGCUGGAAGACAAGCACUUCUAGCCGGGCCCUGCACGCCGCCGGGCUCAUCGCCUGCCCAGCGGGGCUGUGGGCGAGGGGUUUGUGCCUGCCGGUAGCCGGGGCUCU